AUGUCUACCAUUACGAAGAGAGACUACUAUGAAGUCAUUGGUGCGUUGUCAUCUUUUGAGACUUCUCAGGAGGUUGUGCUUUCGCAUGAGGAGUUGAAACAGUUAACAGAACAAAAAGAUUCUACAGAACAAAAAAAAACAUUGGGAGAUAAAGAAAGGAUACCUGUACAUACGUACCUUGGUAGUAAAGUAGAUAUGAAGGAAGCUGCACAUGCUAGCUACGAUCUGAGUCACACAAUAUUAGGCGGUUACGUGCCGCAGCGUCAAUUGGAGUCCCUAUCUUCUGUUGAUUUUGCUCAUUAUUUUAAUAGAACAUUGGAUUGUGAUGAAGCUUUGCAAAUAUAUGAUAUCUUUUUGCCAGCAAGUGCAAGACAAUGUAUGUUACUCAGCACACAGAAUGAGAUCGAUGUUAGAGUUAAAGCUAAAGCCAAGGCAAAACUGGAACGUAAACAAAAGGCAGCUGCUGCAGCUGCCGAUUCAGCAAAUGGUACUGACGAAAGGGUGCUACCAGAUGGCAAAAUUGUACGCAAAGUGAUAGUAUGUAAACGUUGUAACCGUAAAUUCCGUGGGGAAGAUCGCAUGAAACAACUUAAGAAACAUGAAUGUACAAAAUAA